GCCCAGCCAUGAGGGUCUUCAACCUGCUCUACCUGCUGCUGCUGCUCGUUGCCCUUCUAACAUCAGUCUCCUCCGCCAGACCAGAUUUCCUAAAAUUUAGGAGGAAAUACCACAGACACCACUACUGCCCACACAGACGCUGCAUGCCUCUCCACUCCAGAGUACCCUUUCCCUAAGGUUAAAGCUCAAAAAUGAGGGGGACCUAAGGACAGAAAGAGAGAAGCAUCUGCUGUGUGUCCCAAACAGCAUGGAUGGGUCCCAGUAACAAGAUUGUAAAGUGGAGGAGAUACCAUGAAUAUGCCAUCCCAAGACUGUCAUUUGUAUAUGAAGCUACGAAAGAGCUAAAACAAACUGUCCUCAUUCCACUCACUAUAAACCAUGCAAUGUUUGGGCACCCUGGUGGAUACGGAUCCCAAGCAGCUUUCUUUUUCUUCGUCAAAAGCCAAUUUUUUUGUAUGGAACAAGAUUAUGGAAAAUGAGCUGCAACAACAUCAAAUAUAUACAGAAAAGCUACGGACCAAAGAGCUGGAAACAUCUUAGUGACUGCAGCUACGAUGAACAGCAAAGUGUUUAUAAUGCAUGUAUGCACUUCAAA